UCUUGCAGUCAUUACGGUAAUCCUGACAGCGGCUCUGGGUGUCAGCUGAUCCUCCUUCAUUGUCGAGAGAGUAGGAAAAUCAACUGAAGGAAAACACUGCUGGAUACUUAGCUAAACCAUGGCUGCGGAGAUUCAUUCGAGGCCCCAGACCGCUAGACCGAUUCUUUUGAACAAGAUCGAGGGACACUCAGACGCUGUCAAUGCAGCAGUUUUAAUACCAAAGGAAGAUGGAGUGAUCACGGUCAGCGAGGACAGGACUAUCCGAGUUUGGCUGAAAAGAGACAGCGGUCAGUACUGGCCAAGUAUCUACCACACAGUCUCCUCUCCAUGCUCUUGCAUGUCGUACCACCAUGACAGCAGACGCAUCUUCAUAGGCCAGGACAAUGGAGCUGUUGUGGAGUUUCUUAUCUCUGAAGACUUCAACAAGAUGAACCACGUCAAAACAUAUCCGGCCCACCAGAACCGUGUGUCAGAUAUGGUGUUCUCCCUGGAGAGUGAGUGGGUGGUGAGUACUGGCCAUGACAAGAGUGUGAGCUGGAUGUGCACCCAGAGUGGCAGCAUGCUGGGGAGACACUACUUCACAGCCUGGGCCUCCUGCCUCCAAUACGAUCACGACACGCAGCACGCCUUUGUCGGCGAUUACUCAGGACAGAUCACACUGCUGAAACUGGAGAAGCAGACGUACUCCACCAUCACUACACUAAAGGGUCAUGAAGGUAGUAUAGCAACACUGUGGUGGGACCCUGUCCAGAGGCUGCUGUUCUCAGGGGCCUCCGACCACAGCGUCAUCAUGUGGGACAUUGGGGGCCGCAAAGGGCGAACGUUACUGUUGCAGGGACACCAUGAGCGUGUUCAGGCCAUUCGUUACCUCCAGUUGACCAGGCAGUUGGUGUCGUGCUCGGCCGACGGAGGCAUGGCAGUGUGGAACAUGGACACGCAGAGAGAAGAGGCCCCCCAGUGGUUAGACAGCGACUCUUGUCAGAAGUGUGAGCAGCCUUUCUUCUGGAACAUCAAGCAGAUGUGGGACACUAAGACCAUGGGGCUCAGACAGCACCACUGCAGGAAGUGCGGCAAUGCUGUGUGUGGGAAAUGUAGUUCUAAACGUACCACAUUCCCAAUCAUGGGCUUCGAGUUCCCGGUGCGGGUGUGUGAUGCCUGCUUUGAUACCAUCAAAGAAGAAGAUCGAACACCAUUGGCCACGUUCCACGAGGGGAAACACAACAUCGCCCACAUGGACAUGGACCCAUCCAGAGGCCUGAUGGUCACUUGUGGAAGCGACCGCAUUGUUAAGAUCUGGGAUGUGACGCAGGUGGUUGGCUGUAGCUUAGCAACAGGCUUCUCUUCACGCUGAUUGGCCCAGCUCACUACAUGGUCCCCCCUGUGCUCUGCCCACUCUUCAAAUGUCAUGGAAACCCCUCUGUACAGUAUAUCUUCCCAUCACCUACUGGGAUCUUCAGCUACAACCAGGCUGUGUGUGUGUGUGUGUGUGUGUGUGUGUGUGUGUGUGUGUCCCUCCACAUUUCUUUUGCUUCUCAAACAUUUAUUUUCACCGUCAGUCCGACAUGAAAGUGUGUGUGACUUGUUGAUCUGAUCCGAAACAGAACCCUAAGCACAAUGGUGUGCAUGCAUUGUAAUGAUUUCUCCUAUGGGAGGAAUAGUAUUGAUAUUAGUGUUUACAUUAUAUUACUAUUUCCUAUGCUUCUUUUGACAAAGGUAAUUUUUUUAUUACCCUUGCACUGUAAAGUUAAGUUUCACUAAAUCGCUGACCUAGAAAUCCUGUACAAACAUACACUAGCUUGCUUUUUACUGUGGCCCACUAACUGCAUAUUACUCAGUCACUGUAACAUGUAAAGAAAAACAAAAACCUAAUCAUCUGUAUAUACCCCUGCAUCAUGUGUAUAGUAGAUAGUUGCUUGAAAUGACUCACUGAUCAAAGUGAUCAGCUUUUUCUGUCUUUUUUCCCUUUCUUUUUCAGUUUUUUUUUUUUUUUCACUAGUUGGCCUUAAAUCAUUCUCAGGAGGUUUUACAUCAGUAGAUUGUCAGUGGGCGGAUGCUCUUCAUGUCAGUUAUAACCAUUAUUAAUGUGUAAUCACUCCAGCUUGGUAAGACAGCUUCUUUCUUGUUAUAUGACGGAAAUCGUUUGAUACCCUCAAAAGAUGCUGCCAUACAAAUUUGAUGGACUUGUCAGAUGUUUGCGGGACAUCGCUGACCCAGCUAGGUGAGGCAGGGGAAAUUGAAAUAUGUUGCCAUAGUAACAUGCACUGACAGCGGCAGCAUCACCGCUGCCAUCCUGAGGUGAACCAGUCACUAUUCAAGAUUUGAAUAGUGGGACUUCACUUGAUCGUUUCAGCUUUAUGGGUUUUGAGUCCUUCCUCCUUCAUUUGGGUAAAAACAAGUUUAAACAAUAGCACAGGAUCACCACCUCCUAGAUAUUUAUCACUCUCUUAAAAAACUUUUUUAGGGUAGGUAGAUGCCACUGCCAUGCAGCACUGAUUCUAAUGCCUCAUAAGAAUUACUUUUCAUCUGUAAUUUAAAGAAAAUCUAAAUAUUGCAAGUUUUUUGUGGCGCAAAAAUUGGAAUUCCCCCCCACCAAAAAGGCACUUAGGCACUGGACAGGUACUCUAAACUACAUGUAGCACUAAAUGCUGAAUCGCGGGUCAGAUCAGGGCUGCCUGUGUUCCUUCAAAAGCCUUAAAGAGAGAAAGACACACUCACAAAGCCUUUUUAGUGGUUUACCAGUGCUUAUGACUGUUCACUCAUUCACUCUCAAGCACUCACCUCGUUCUAAAGCUCUGGAUGUCUUGUUUGCGUUUCUUUCAUCCUGUUUUUUUGUUGUUGCAAAUUCUGUUCUGAGCUCUCCUAUAUUUUCCACAUACACAUCUGUGUAUCAAGGAUGUCUCAUAACGCUCUCACCACUGCACUAAAUUGCACAACUCGUGGUCUUUUGUCUUUGUAUUAAACAAAACAUUUUUGUAAGUUCAGAGGGGUUAAAGCUGGAUAUGAUGUAGCGUCCUUGUAAAUAAUGACUGGUAUCUUCUAAUGUUAGACUAACGCUUGCCUUAUUGUAAGUGGGAAAAAUUUGCAUUAUAAUGUUGGAAUUCCUGAUUUCAAAAUGUAGUCACAUUCCAGGUGUUUGAUCGUGUAGUGUAUAUUUAUAUUUGUAGUAAAGAAUUUAUCUAUUAUCAUUGUAAAUGGUUGUUUACUUUUCUCUGUGUCCAUCUAAUAGAAAUGAAGCACAUGCAAACUCAGUAAUGUUGAGAUGGACUGCAGUGUCAGAUCAUGCAGUAUUUUACUUCCUAACAUAGACAGAGAUUGACCUUACUCCAUGAUUUUUAGACAUAACACAAAAAAUACUUGGGGUUAGACUGAAACUAACUAAUUCAAUCUGUCAGUAGCCAAUAUUCUGCACGAAUGUUCAUUAUUUUAAAGUUUGAGUGUUUCUGUCCUUUUGGUCAUCAGUAGACACAUCUGUAUUCUGGAAGCUGACUUAAAUCAUUCUUCAUAAUUAUCAGAAAAGAAAUACAAAAUAUAUUAUUAGCCUCCAUUAAUUGACUGAUAAUUGCUUUUUAUUUAGUUUGGUGCAGCCAAACAACCGGAAAAUACAACAUUGACAUAUCACUUUAUAAAGAUGUUAUGGUGAAUAUGUAAUCAAGCAGUUGCCUAUUUACAUGACAUGGAGCAACAUUAAAAAAAAAAAAAAAAAAAAAAGCUAAAAGGCUCCAUAGACCACCAGGGGUAGCAGAACAAGUCCAAUAUUAACUCUCCUCUAAACUUGAAACUCUGGCUCUUAAACGCACCACUAUGUUCGCCAGCUAGCUGCUAACUUUGUCUGCUGUUUAAUGCUCAGCUGCUGGAAACAAUGUUGAUAACAGUAGAGUUUGAAGGCUGGAAAAUCAAAACAUUUGAGCUAAAAGAAGCUAAAAAUGGUCUUUGCUCCUGCAAAAGAAGAAGCUGCAGUUUCAGUACAGCAGUUCUAGGGCCACAUCCAUUCUACAACCCUAGUUACUGAACAUCCUGCGCAAGCUUCAUCAUUUAAGUUAACAGCUAGCUAUGAAGGGUUAAGGAAGGUCCAGAGUUGGGUGAACGUUGUCUGUCAGUUUGUCACUUACUAAUUUCUUUUGGCCACUUGGUGGCAGCAGAACAGCACAUAAAGAGCAGUAACAUAUUAUCACCUUAUUUUACCUUGUGGCGAAUAUGCUAGCAAACAUUCUGAGAGAAAUAUCUGGCUCUUUAGUUGCUACAUACAUGUAAAUGUUUUAAUAUGUUUAUCAUUUUUUUAUGGAAACAUGCUGCUGCUUCUUGCUGCUGGAAACAUGGUUGAUAUAAAUCGGUAAGGGCCAUAAAAAACAAAACAAGCUGAACCCUAUGUAGACCUGAGGAAAUGGAAUGGGGUGAUAAUUCUACAAGUGACCCCUUUAUAAUUCCAUGUAGUCAUUUGAUGCAUUAUUAAUACAAACAUACUGAUUACAACUUUUUCAUGCUUUCAAAACUCUUAAUGUAGCUGAACCAUUGUUGUAUUAGAAACAGACAUCAACAAUCUCAUGAACAAUUUUCAGUCAAGCAUAGUAUUGGCAAAGUGAUCUCAGUCAAACCAAGUAUCACAUAGAGUCAUGUCACAAAGCGUCAUGUGGGAUCAACAGGGUUAUUGACGAUGCUACCGUACAAUCAGGAGUCACAGCUCUCCUUUCCUUUUUCAGUAAACUGGACAUGCUUCUUCCAGUCAUUUUUAUCAUGUAAUUGUAAGAGAUUGUGUUUGGUGAUAAAAAAGGCUUUCUGGCUAUGGAGGCUUAACUCCACAGCAGAUUGACAAAAUGUUAAUGUUAUGAUGGAUGGCAAGAUUAGCUGUUUACAGAAACAGCAAAUAAAAUAGAUCUUCAGAACUGCCGGCUAGUCGCAGGAAGGAGGGCAUAGAUUUUCUCAUGUUGUAAAUGGUUUAUUUCCUUUGAUGGAGCAGUUAUAGGAGUCAUUUUUUUGUCAUCUGUAGUUCAUCAAACACUACAAUGGAUGUUCUUCAUGUUGAUGAGAGGCCACAUCAACACUUUAAAGAUGACUCAUUUUCCACAACAUCAUGGCCCAUAAUAUCAAACUGUAAAUUGGUUUCCGUUUGGUUUGACUUCAGAUGCUUGUAAAAGACACCUGCUGUUGUUAAUGUAUCUCUCAAAAGGUAAUUGUAUUUUUAAAUCAUUUUGUUGACAAUACAGUACUGAUUUAAAUCUGUCUGGCUCCUCAAAACAGGGCACAGAGAGAAAAGAUGGAUGCUUAAUAAAGAUAUUCUGAUAUGUU